AGUAGCAUUGUUCCAGACUAGCUGCCUUUCUGUCUCCUUUUUACUGCUUUCAAUCGAAAAAGAUUCCAUCCAAAAUUUCAAAUGAGUAUAGCCCCCGAAAGCCUGGAACACCUUAAAAUAACAAUAGCAACAUUACACUUCAUAAAUAAAGUUAAAGUAAACUACUUAAAUAAAAAGCCAUUUUUUUUAUCAGUAGCUAAUACACCUUAAAUAAAAAUAGUUUCCCAUAACUAACACCAAUUCAACAACUUCACCAUAUUCUACAACAACUCCAUCUUAAGCUGGCUAUGCCCUCUGUAUAUAAGAAGCAAAAUGCACAGGCUGCUUGCAUUAUCAGUACUCAUCAAUCUUUCAUCUUUCAAUUCUCACAGAUCUGAUAACCCUCAGAUAUACACACUUCAAGAUGUUCAAGCAGUUUUCACCUUCUAUUUUCAUCCUAAUACUAAUUGCAACUGUGCACAUGGCAAGCAACAUUGAUGCAGUUGAUCCUGCAGCAGCCACCAAAGAAGAACCAAUCCUUGAGUUAUACAUGCACGACAUUCUUGGGGGCAGUAACCCUACAGCUAGGCCAAUCACUGGCUUGCUAGGUAAUAUCUACAAUGGUCAGGUGCCAUUUGCAAAGCAGAUAGGGUUUAUACCUCCAAGCGGGGUUGCCAUCCCCAACGCAAAUGGUGCACUUCCAACCGUUAAUGGUGUCAAUGGUCUCCCACUAGGAACCGGCUUAGCUGGCACCACUUUUGCAGGAAGCACAAACAAUCAAAAUCUGCCUCAGACCCAACUUGGACCUGAUGGGUUGGGGCUAGGCUUCGGAACAAUUACCGUCAUCGAUGACAUAUUAACCUCCAGUCCAGAUUUGGGGUCACAAACAUUGGGGAAAGCUCAAGGAGUUUACGUGGCAAGCUCUGCAGAUGGGACCAGCCAGAUGAUGGCAUUUACGGCUAUGAUUGAAGGAGGGGAAUAUAAUGACAACCUCAACUUCUAUGGAGUAUACAAAAUUGGGAGUACUGUAUCAUAUUUGUCAGUGACAGGAGGGACAGGCAAGUUUAAGAGUGCUUAUGGGGUUGCAGAAGUACGAUCACUCAUACCUUCAGGUCAACAUGUCACAGAUGGUGCCGAGACAUUGCUGAGGAUCACUGUCCAUCUGAAAUAUUGA